AUGGACUCAACACCACACAAACUUUCAAGAUAUCUUGUCCAGCGUGGCAAUCUUUCCAAAAGUCAAGAAACAUUCAAUACUGUCAGCGACUUUAAAGAUCUAUCGAAGUCUAAUCCAGUGGACUCUGCAUCUUCCAAUGUUGCAGAUGGCACAAAUGCCCUCGGCUAUCACUCUCUAUAUUCAUCUCAACCACCUCAUUCUGGUGCACCGACUAUUACUUCAGAUGAGUCUCCAGAUAAACUCAGGGUCUGGCUCAACAACUGCACCAACGAUCACAAAUAUUGUUUACAGUCCAUCAACCCCGCCUUCUUCCCAACGCGAGUCAUCGAUACGCAAAACACCGAAAAUGGGACCCUAAAUUUACGAGACAAAACCCAUAUAUGUACUGAGAAAACUUUCCCACCAUACUGGACGCUAUCUCAUCGAUGGGUUGAUCCAGCAAAGGUCCUUCAGCUGCAUAAGGGCAACACAAAAACAGGCACACUCAGCAAUGAAGAGCAUUUCCGAAAUGGCAUCGGUCUUCACGAAAUAUCACCGACAUUUAGAGAUGCAGUUCAACUUGUACAUAAGAUGGGAUAUCGGUAUAUCUGGAUAGAUUCGCUGUGUAUUUUCCAAGACUCACCAUCAGACUGGGAGGUGGAGGCCGCAAUAAUGAACGAUGUCUACGGAAACUCGUUCUGUAACAUCUCUGCUAUCAGAUCUUCUUAUGACGCUUCACUCGGUCUCUUUGGACAGCGGAUAGUCGACCCCAGGACCUUUGAACCAUUCUCAGUAGACGCCGAGUUUUCAGUUGAUGGAAAUCGGCGCCUUGAAAAUUGUCGAAUCACAUACAAUAGUCUAUUUGCCAACGACGUCAACAAUUCCCCCCUAAGUAGUCGGGGCUGGGUUGUACAAGAGAGAUUCUUGGCACGAAGAAUCAUUCACUUUACCCGGACUCAACUGUAUUGGGAAUGCUUGGAGUUUACGAGAUGCGAGAAAGAUCCAGAUAGUCAGCGUGGGUUAAUGGAGACAGACGAGCAGACAAAAGAAUACCGGGAGAUGAGAGAAUACAAAGCUAGUCUCCAAAAGAUUAUCCGAGAAGUUGAUUUCAAAGAAUUUGGUGCUAGCCGUGAAGGGGGUACUCCGUUCAGAAUUCCGUGGCCUACACCGCGAGAGUGCUGGAGACUUAUGGUGCAAACAUACAGCAGCUGCGAUCUCACUCAGAGGGGCAAUAUUCUCAUUGCAAUUCUUGGCGUGGCAAAGAAGUCCGAAGAAUUCUACCCCAACGACAAGUACAUGGUCGGAUUGUGGAAAGAAGCGCUACACACAGAUCUGACGUGGGAAUCCAACACAUCUGAAGGCGCGCCCUCCAAACGCGAUACAAGCCUCGCACCAUCCUGGAGCUGGGCAUCUUUGAUUGGUGGCAGGGUCACUGUACCAGCAGCACGUCAAGUAUAUGGCGGAGAGGAAGCUUCGCAUAUCGAGUUCGUCGACGCCGGAGCAGAACCAGGACAUAGCAACAAGAUAUUGGAUAUUGACAUCAAAAGCGACAUUCUACUUCUUCCGGAAACGAGAUCAUUCCGAGGAAUAUGA